UGCAAAAGUUGUUAUCUUUUUAUUAUACUAGUGUAAGUGUUGAGUUGGAGCAAUGGAAGGAAGUGAUAUAUACGGAGCGAGUACGAGUUUCCGCGCGAGAAGUUCUUCUUCUACUAGGUUGGAGAAACAGUGGAAUAGAGGCUUUUUCGUCGCGAAGAGAACUAGAAGAUGAUGAAGAAGCUCUUAAAUGAGCUGCACUUGAAAAACUCCCUACUUACAACCGUUUGAGGAAAGGGUUGUUAGCGACAUCACGCGGUGUUGCCAAUGAGAUUGAUAUAUUAACUGAUCUUGGAUUUCAAGAAAGACAGAAACUUUUGGAUAGGUUGAUCAAUGUGGCUGAAGAGGGUAAUGAGAAGUUUUUGUUGAAGCUAAAGGAAAGAAUUGAUAGAGUUGGGAUUGAGGUUCCGACAAUCGAAGUUCGAUACGAGCGGCUAACUGUUGAGGCGGAAGCUUAUGUCGGAGGAAUGACAUUAAAUUGACUUUGGAUAUACAGGCAGUAUCAACUGGAGGCCAACAGGAAAGUGUGGUAACUGAUUAUGUACUCAAGCUUUCGUGCAGAUUAUUAAAGCAGUAUCUUCUGCUACUAUUGAUAAACCAAGUGGCUUCUGGACUAUUUCGCGCUAUUGCAGCACUCGGUAGAAAUAUGAUUGUCGCCAACACGUUCGGGUCCUUUGCACUUCUCACACUUCUUACAUUAGGUGGCUUCAUUAUGUCCAGAAAGGAUAUCAAAAGCUGGUGGAUUUGGGGUUACUGGAUUUCACCUUUGAUGUAUGGACAAAAUGCUAUAAUGGUGAAUGAAUUCCUCGGAGAUAGUUGGAACCAUUUUACACCAAAUUCGAAUAAAACACUAGGAAUUCAAGUUUUGGAAUCUCGCGGAUUCUUCACAGACGCAUAUUGGUAUUGGAUAGGGGUUGGUGCAUUAGUAGGAUUUAUGUUUCUUUAUAACAUUAUAUUCACCGUGGCUCUCACGCAUCUCAAUCCAUUUGAUAAGGCACAAGCAACUAUAAAUGAAGAAUCAGAAGACAGCACAACAAAUGGCACACACCAAGAAGUUGAAUUACCGCGUAUAGCAAGUUCAGGAGAAUCCUCUAGCCGCAGACAGAAAAGAGGAAUGGUUCUUCCUUUCGAACCACAUUCGAUAACCUUCGACGAAGUUGUGUAUUCUGUCGACAUGCCACAGGAAAUGAAGAUUCAAGGAGUAAUGGAGGAUAGGUUGGUGCUUUUGAAGGGUGUUAGUGGUGCAUUUAGGCCUGGUGUUCUCACAGCGUUGAUGGGAGUUAGUGGAGCUGGAAAAACUACUUUAAUGGAUGUUUUGGCUGGUAGGAAAACCGGUGGUUAUAUCGACGGGAGCAUCAAAAUUUCUGGCUACCCUAAAAAACAAGAAACGUUUGCUCGAAUCUCUGGUUAUUGUGAGCAAAAUGACAUCCAUUCUCCUCAUGUUACUGUCCAUGAGUCAUUGCUCUACUCGGCAUGGCUUCGCUUACCAGCCGAAGUUGAUUACAAUACAAGAAAGAUGUUCAUUGAGGAAGUAAUGGAACUAGUGGAGCUCAAUCCAUUGAGAAACUCUUUGGUUGGUUUGCCUGGCGUGAACGGUCUUUCAACCGAACAACUUAAGAGGCUAACUAUAGCAGUUGAGUUAGUUGCCAACCCUUCCAUAAUUUUCAUAUUGAGCUUACUUGGCCUCACUCCACUCGCUGAACGUGUGAGCUUUCUCACAGAACAAAUUGCCAUUUUCACUGGUCCAACAGUUGGAGGACUUCUUAAUGCAACAUGUGGGAAUGUAACUGAACUUAUUAUUGCAAUAUUUGCUCUUACCACCAACAAAAUUGCUGUUGUGAAGUAUUCUCUCUUAGGGUCCGUGCUUUCGAAUCUUCUUCUUGUUCUCGGAACUUCUCUACUUUGCGGUGGAAUUGCGAAUAUUGGAGAGGAGCAGAAAUAUGACAGAAGACAAGCGGAUGUGAACUCGCUGAUGUUGCUAUUGGCGUUGUUAUGCCAUUUGCUUCCGUUGCUAUUCACGUACAGCGCUGCUUCGGCUGAACUCACCGUAAAGCCUUCGCUGUAUUUGUCGAGAGCUUCUAGCAUUGUUAUGCUGGUUGCGUAUUUUGCUUACUUGAUCUUUCAGUUAUGGACGCAUAGGCAAUUAUUUGAAGCGGAAGAUGAAGGGGAAGGGGAAGGUGAGAACAAUGGAGCGGAAGAAGAGGCUGUGAUUGGAUUCUGGAGUGGAUUUGCUUGGUUGGCUGGAAUGACUGUGUUCAUUGCUUGGUUGUCUGAAUAUGUGGUGGAUACAAUUGAGGAUGCAUCAGAUUCAUGGGGUUUAUCUGUGAGCUUUCUCAGCAUAAUCUUGCUUCCGAUAGUUGGCAAUGCGGCUGAACAUGCAGGAGCAAUCAUUUUUGCUUUCAAGAACAAGCUGGACAUUUCCUUAGGUGUUGCAUUGGGCUCUUCCACUCAAAUUGCCAUGUUUGUGAUACUACAGAGUAGUAUUGCUGGAGUAGGUGGACGGUAGCUUGCUCAAGAAUAGCUGGAGAGUUUCCGUAUUUAGUUUGAAUUUAGGUAAUGAGUCAAUGCUCUGGUCAUGUAACAUUGGGUAGAUUAGUGGUAUUGAACUCAUAUCUUAUUUUGAUAUGCUUUAUGUCAUUAAUUGUUUUAUUUUAUUUGAAGUGAUUAUUGAGAGGUGAUCAUGGUAUGGGACAUGGAUCAUAUUAUGAAAUACAUGAGUAUUCUUUAUUUUCCGCUGCGAACGCAUAUUGCUUGAAUAUUCAUGAUGAGUGAAAUGUGUUAUUUUGAA